CGUGCGACAUCCUGCCGAGGAAGAAAACUGUUGUAUUGAAAACCGAGACGAGGAGCGGAGCAGAGGGCAGAAACUCACCGGCCGGCUGAAAGCCUCCACCGCGAAGCCUCUCAGGCAAGAAGGGGAAAAAAAUAGAGCCGACGAUUUGGGAUCCAGCUUCGGAGCCAGAAGAUUUUACUGCCAGCCGGCGCCCCGCAGACACAAACAGCGCAGAUGGACACCCGGGCCAACACAGAAGACAAAUCUGUCCAGCGAUCUAAGUCUUUCAGCUUCAAGACGCAGAAGGAAGUGUGCGCGACAUGUGAGAAGACGGUCUACCCGAUGGAGAGACUGGUUGCCAACAACCUGGUUUUCCACUCGGCGUGCUUCUGCUGCAAGCACUGCAAAGCCAAACUCAGCCUUGGCUCCUUCGCCGCUCUCCAAGGCGAGUUUUACUGCAAGCCCCACUUCCAGCAGCUUUUCAAAAGCAAAGGCAACUACGACGAGGGUUUCGGACGCAAGCAGCACAAAGAGCUCUGGAGCGCCAAGGAGUCGGAUAAUAUAACCAAGUCGCCCUGAUCACGUCUGCCUUCUUUUGUCCUUUUGAACACCUCCGGCAUGUUGCGACGAACACGCGCCUCCUUACGCUGGGGCCCAGAUAAUUCGACCAUGCGCUCGCACGCUUUUUUUUUUUAAAUUUUUUUUUGUUUUUAAACGCCAUCUGAACAGACACACGCACAAACCGCUUAGAAGUGACCCAUAGCAUCAAAACGGUUGGAGAUACUGUAAAUUGUAUCGAAAACCUUUUUUAUUUUUUUUUAGAUCUUAUUUUCCAAUUUCCUCUUUGGAGUUGGUAGUUGAUUGUGACCAAAAUUGCUCCCUGAUAUGAGGAGCGCAUAAAAAUGUACUUUUAGUUGUUUCUUUUUUUUGAUACCCGAUAACGAUAAUUUGCACCGCUAUUGAACAUUUUACCACAUCCUCAGGCAUUUCAGAAGAGUUUCAGAGCAUCAAAUGUUUUUAAAUAGAGCAUGCACUCAGGUCAAUUUUUACCCAACGAUCGAGGACAUAUGUAGAUUCCACCCGUUCCACCAACACAGAAAUGUAUAUACAAUCCUUCACAGUGGUACGCUGUUAGACCAGACCUCUGCUUCGUAUAUUCAGGAACAAACAGGGUACAGAGUACUGUAUAACAACCGUGCACAUUGGCAACAGCUCACCUCAUGUUUUAACUCCCGUACUUACUUUCAUCCAUGUCCGAAUUCACCCCCCCCUUCCUGUUUUUAGACCGACUUAUCGGUCUUAUCCUUGCAUGUCAGUACGGCUGGGUCUCUUACCUUUCGACUGUAACUACGUCCUGUGCUGUGAACGGUUUUGUCUCAUCGAUGCGGAGCGGAAACACACCAGAUCCUCUGUCGCUUCUGCCGCUGGAGUUUGAAAUGAUUUCUUGAAACUUGUGUUAUGUAUGCUACCUGUACAUAGAGCCGUGGUUCGUGAUCGUCGCCCGUUUACCCCCCCCCCCCCCCACCUUAACUGUACUCCCACUUUGCACAAGCGAAACACACAGUUACCAAACAUGGAAAUCACAAGGAAACCGAGGCCUUGUCUGUUUAUAUAGGAAUGCGGGCGAGAAAAUUUAGCUCCUCUGUUGUUUGAGGCAUGUUAGUCAUUGAUAGUCUUGUGCAGAUUGUGAUUGUUAAUCCUAAAUUCUUAAAGAAUUAGUCUACUAGAUGUUUUGAUUCAUGAAGAUGUGGAUGAGGCCUUUUUUUAGGGGGGUUAGGAGAUGGAGCAUCUUCGCGAAGCAAGGGGGAAAAAAGUCCAGUUACCUUUCAUUCAAGUGCUUAGGAUUAUGUGGCAUUCAUGCAACUAGGUAGUUUGUAGAGACGUGGCGGUAUCCUGUUUCCUCACUGUGCCCACUUCUUUUCCCACGUCUCAAUCCAGAGAAGGUGGACAAGAUUCACUUUUUUUUUUUAUUCCCUUUCUCUUCAUGUUUUCUGUUUCAUGCUCAACAAGCAGUCUAGCAAGUGGACCUAUUCUUAAAAUGCUAGUUGUACAGCCUGUGGAUGGAGAGGCUUGAGCCUCUGACGUAAGGCCUGUAUGCUGCAUGCAAAACCCCAUAGCAGAGCGCCCUCUGCUGGGGAAGGUUCGUCAGUGACGUCUAGUGUGAAAGGGCCCCGCGGAGAAUUUGCCUGUGAACCCAGCAUAGCCUCUUAGAAUAAUGUUGUCUCAGCUGCACACCGGCCCGCUUUUCAUCCCUUUUUUUUAAUCGAAACGCCCAAGAGAAUCCAGCCAAUCAAGGUUUCCGUGUUUUUGCUCUCCAAAGCCUCUUAAAACAUCUUAAUUUCCCAAAACGUGUGAAUAUUGCUGACACUUGAAUGACACAAAGGACUUUUUGUGACUGGGAAAGUUUACUGUGAAACUGAGCAUGCUGUGCAGAAAAGAGAGUAAGAGAUUUAACCACAUACCUUUUCGGGAAAAAGAGAUGAUCCUUUUGAAAUAAGUCGUUGACCUUAUUGUGUUUUUAACAAAACUAACCCCCUCCAAAAAAAAAAAAAAAAUGUUUAAAGAAAAACACUCUUCACUCUAGAGUCUCACUCUGUAACAAGAUCACUUCAACCAACCAGCAGCUGUUCUUUCUUUUAUCCACACGUUUAAUAAUUACACAUGCACUCUUAUAGUUUUAACAUUGUCUUCUUGUUCAAAGCAAAUGCUUUAAAAUCAAGUGGCUUGUGUUUGGAAAUGCUGCGUCUGUCAUCCUCUGCAGUUUGCCAAGGUACAACAGCAAAAUCAGUGAGCUGCAUGCUUUUAAGUGUAAUAAAGCAGAAAAGGUACACUUUACACUGGUGCCAAGAGGCUCAGGUGAAUGACUGCAGUGUGACGAUAUAAUGUUAAGUCUGUUCUUUCCUGUGCUGGACGUACAUGUUGACUGUUUUCUAUCGCUGUUGUCACCGGGACGUUAAUAAUGUAUGCAUCUUUGAAGGUGUAUUCUGUUUUCCAGACUUGACCUGUGGGUUUGAGAUG